CGCCGCUCUGCGAUGAGGUCUACAAGACCUGGAUAGUCGAGUGCUACUGGGUUAAGUUUUCCAACCCAAUACGCGCGCCAGGAGAUUGCCGAAAUGGCCUCAAGAAGGAAUUCUGGAGGAGGUACAGGUGUGUGUAUGACUCGCAUUGCGCAUACCACCAGCGUGUGCUCUGCCGCUCUCCGUCGCCGUAUGAGUGAUGGAUCUCAAGGAUGUCAUACAGGCCGGAGGCAACUUAUCCGAGUCUUGCGGCGCUUUCCAAACGGCUCGGGACAGCGAGGCACACUACAUCUCUCAAGAUUGUCUGCCGUAUCAACAACUCGUCACACAACCCAGCCUUCCCCGACAAAGACAACAGCAACAACCUGCGCUGCAGCGUUGGUGCUAAGCCGGGCGAAAACGUCCAGACCUACGAAGAAGAAAGGCACGGUUGCUUCGUUGAGCCUGUGGAAUGGAUAGCUAAGGGUGUGUUUGGGAAGAAACCUUGGUACAGGCUGGUGAAUAUCAAGUAGGAUUUGGCAGGUUGUGCCCAUAGGUGCGUAGGUUUUGCAUAUAAAUCUUCCUUAUCCGCUCAAAAGGGUCCAAAACUGGUCGCUCUGAGGACAAGAAACCGCCCCCUUUGAACAACAACGAAGACAAGAAGAUGUCGC